UUUCUUUCUGACAGUAGGGUUGCAUUUGCCCGUAUUCCCUUGCAUUGCACCAGAUAAACGCCACCACUCAUCUCUCUCCUCUCCAUCUCCACUUCGCAGCUCUCUCUACUUCAAUAAUAAUAAGAAAAAAACAUUAACAAAACGACACCAAACCCUAAUCACCAAUCUCUCUCUUAACUCUAUCUUCUUCUUUCUGUAAAACCCUACCUUUUCCUCAAUCAUUGACAAAAAAAAUGGGAGCUUCUCUGCCUCCCAAAGAGGCUAACCUCUUCAAGCUCAUCGUCAAAUCAUAUGAAAGUAAACAGUACAAGAAGGGACUGAAGGCAGCAGAUGCUAUCUUGAAGAAGUUUCCAGACCAUGGAGAAACUUUAUCAAUGAAGGGUUUGACAUUAAAUUGCAUGGAUCGAAAAUCUGAAGCAUAUGAUCUUGUUCGACUUGGCCUAAAGAAUGACCUUAAAAGUCAUGUUUGCUGGCAUGUUUAUGGCCUUCUUUACCGUUCUGACCGAGAGUAUAGGGAGGCCAUCAAAUGCUAUCGAAAUGCAUUGAGAAUAGAUCCAGACAAUAUUGAAAUACUGAGGGACUUGUCACUCUUGCAGGCUCAAAUGCGGGACCUAACAGGUUUCGUUGAGACAAGACAACAACUUCUAUCCCUGAAACCAAAUCAUCGCAUGAACUGGAUUGGCUUUGCUGUUGCCCAUCAUUUGAACUCAAAUGGUUCAAAAGCAGUUGAAAUUCUUGAAGCAUAUGAAGGGACACUGGAAGAUGAUUAUCCUCCAGAUAAUGAACGAUGUGAGCAUGGGGAAAUGCUUUUGUAUAAGAUCUCUUUAUUAGAGGAAUGCGGUUCUCUUGAGAGAGCUCUAGAGGAGUUGCAUAAGAAAGAGUCGAAAAUUGUUGAUAAACUGACUCUUAAAGAACAAGAGGUUUCUCUAUUAGUGAAGCUUGGCCAUCUUGAAGAAGGUGCUGAAGUGUACAGGGCAUUACUUUCCAUUAAUCCUGACAACUACAGGUAUUGUGAAGGCCUACAAAAAUGUGUUGGGUUGUAUUCGGAAAAUGGUCUUUCCUCUUCUGAUAUUGAUCAAUUAGAUGCCUUGUACAAAUCACUUGGGCAGCAAUACACUUGGUCAUCUGCUGUUAAGAGAAUACCGCUUGAUUUUCUACAAGGUGACAAGUUUCAUGAAGCUGCAGAUAACUAUAUUAGGCCCCUCCUGACGAAGGGAGUUCCUUCAUUAUUCUCAGAUCUUUCACCACUAUACAAUCACCCUGGAAAGGCAGACAUACUGGAGAAACUCAUUCUUGAACUGGAGAAUUCACUUAGGAUAAGUGGGGGAUACCCUGGGAGGCCAGAAAAAGAGCCUCCUUCAACACUUAUGUGGACCUUGUUUUUCUUGGCUCAGCAUUACGACAGACGGGGACAGUAUGAUGUUGCUCUUAGUAAAAUUGACGAGGCUAUAGGGCACACUCCAACUGUGAUUGAUUUAUAUUCUGUCAAGAGCCGCAUUCUGAAGCAUGCCGGUGAUUUGCCAGCUGCUGCCACUUUGGCAGAUGAAGCUAGAUGUAUGGAUCUUGCAGAUCGAUAUAUAAACAGUGAAUGUGUUAAACGUAUGCUGCAGGCUGAUCAGGUGGCUUUGGCAGAAAAAACUGCUGUUUUGUUUACAAAAGAUGGGGAUCAGCACAAUAACCUUCAUGACAUGCAGUGCAUGUGGUAUGAACUUGCAUCUGGUGAGAGUUACUUCCGUCAAGGUGAUCUUGGGCGGGCUUUGAAGAAGUUUUUAGCAGUGGAGAAGCACUAUGCAGAUAUAACUGAAGAUCAAUUUGACUUCCAUUCCUAUUGUUUAAGGAAAAUGACUCUACGAGCCUAUGUGGCAAUGCUCAAAUUUCAAGAUCGUUUGCAUUCACAUGCAUAUUUCCACAAAGCAGCAGCUGGAGCUAUCAGAUGUUACAUAAAAUUGUUUGACUCUACUUCAAAGUCAACAGCUGAAGAAGAUGAUGAAAUGUCAAAGUUGCCUCCUUCUCAGAGAAAGAAGAUGAGGCAAAAACAGAAAAAGGCAGAAGCCCGAGCUAAGAAAGAGGCUGAGGUGAGAAAUGAAGAAUCAAGUGCCAGUGGUGUUUCUAAGUUGGGUAAGCGGCACGUUAAACCUGUAGAUCAAGAUCCAAAUGGGGAAAAAUUAUUGCAGGUUGAAGAUCCAUUGUUGGAAGCUACAAAGUACUUGAAGCUGCUUCAGAAACAUUCACCUGACUCUUUGGAGACACACUUGCUUUCUUUCAAUGUAAAUAUGAGAAAGAAAAAAAUUCUACUCGCUCUUCAGGCUGUAAAGCAAUUGCUAAGGUUGGAUGCUGAAAGUGCUGAUUCCCAUCGCUGCUUGGUUAGAUUCUUCCAUACAGUGGGCACAAUGACUGCUCCCGUGACAGAUACUGAGAAACUUGUUUGGAGUGUCUUGGAAGCAGAGCGUCCAUUGAUUAGUCAAUUGCAUGAGAAAUCUCUCACUGAAGCAAAUAUGAUUUUCUUUGAAAAACAUGAAGAUUCUUUAAUGCAUAGAGCUGCAGUGGCUGAAAUGCUAUCUGUCUUGGAACCUAACAAGAAACUAGAGGCUGUUAAAUUAAUUGAAGAUUCAACCAACGACCCUGCACCAACAAAUGGAGCACUUGGACCAGUCAAUGAAUGGAAACUCAAAGACUGUAUUGCAGUCCACAAGCUCCUAGUAGAAGUUCUUAAUGACCCAGAUGCUGCAUUGAGGUGGAAAUUGCGUUGUGCCCAAUACUUCCCUUGCUCAACAUACUUUGAAGGCAAGUGCAGCUCAGCUGCAUCCAAUUCAGUGUACGGUCAGAUUGCCAAGAGCCCUGAGAAUGGAGGCUCAAACCAUUCUGAUGGUGGUGAAAUUGCAGAUUUUGUUGAAUCAAAUGGAAAGCUGGAAACUUUCAAGGAUCUUACCAUCAGAACAUGAGGCCAAAUGAACGUAUCAGCUAACAUGCAACUGCAGUUUGUGUUAGUGGGUAGAUCAGAUCACCAGGUGGCAGCAGAAAAUUAUACUCCGGAGGAUUUUUAGUUUGCUGCUCAUUGGGGAGCAUUCUUGUGAGGUUUUGUGCUAGUCAUGUCAUUCCUCGAUUGUUGCUUUGAGAUCAAAUUUUUUGAUUUUCACCGGUUCUACCUCGCCUUAUUCUGAGAUGCAUUUCUUUGCAAAUGUGUAUAACAUACUUCUAUUGUGUUUUUUUUUUAGGGUUGAUUUCUUUUAAUUCAACUCACCACUUGGUGAGAUAUUAGACAAGGGUGGUGGCUCUGUGGGCCUGACAGCAUUUGAAGUUAUUUUUAUCUCUAGGUCAGGGAGUUUCAGAGCACUGGUUUUACAUCUGAUUAGCAUGGAACAAUUUCUCAUAGAGCUGAUCUCUAGAGCAUGCUGUACCCUUUCUGUCAACCGUUAUUUGAUUUGUAAAUGCUACAUAUUGUUAAAAAUUUUGCUACAAGAUUCAUCAAUAACCAUAGUUUUUAUCAAUUUGGCUGA